GGAUCGCGGCCUAAAUGGCUGCAGCCAAACCAGCUCUGGCUUGCGCAAAUCCUGCCGCCACCGCCGAGCAGCGAGCGCCCAGAGCCCCUACCGCCCGCUGCCAUCCUCAGGCUCUGCGCCGCACCGCGCCCCCGGGCGCCGCCCACCAGCAACCCCGCCGCCGGCCGCCGCCGCGCCGCCGCCACAUGGCGCUCGCCACCCGGGCCGGCGCCGCCGCCUCCCCAGAUGUGGCAGCCGACAUUUCUGCCCUGAACCAGCAGUUUGGCAUCCCGGGGCGCGUGGAGGUGGUGGCGGGGCUGGGGGGCCUGCCCACGGUGGUGCUCAAGCAUGCGUGCGGGGCGAGCGCUGAGGUGGCGCUGUAUGGCGGAUGCAUCACUUCGUGGAAGCAGGCCAGCGGCGACGAGGUGCUGUACAUGCGUCCCGACUCGCUCAAGGCGCUGGCGGGGCCGGAGCCCAAGGCCAAGCCCAUCUCAGGCGGCAUCCCCCACUGCUUCCCGCAGGCACGCCUGCUUUUCUGCUUUCUUUCUUGCACACAGCGUCUCUCUGUUCAUCGGCUGCUUGUCCUCUGUUUUUUGCUGUGCUGUGGUGGGCGUGCGACGGUGUGUGUGUGUGUGUGUAGUGGCCAUGCUGCUGCUGCUAACACGGGGGACGCCCCCUUUGAGUUCACCGCCGCGCUGCACAGCUACAUCGAGGUGGCGGAUGUGGGAGAGGCGCGGGUGCGGGGCCUGCAGGGGCUGGAGUACCUGGACAAGACCGCCGACCCCGCCAACCCGGUGAGGAAGAGGGAGGAGCGGGAGGAGGUGACCUUUGAGGGCCCCGUGGACAGCGUGUACCUCAAGGCCCGAGACUACGUGGAGCUGGAUGUGGGCACAGGUGCCGGCGGCACCGUGACCACCAACCGCUGGGACGACGUGGUGGUGUGGGCCCCCUGGACCGCGAUGCCCGAAUUCUACCGCUCCUUGGAAAGCGCGCAGUUCAGCAGCCCUGUGCGCCUGAAGCCCGGGGAGCACUGGCGCAGCCAGGCGGAGUGGGCGGUGAAGGACCUGUGA